CCCCCCCGGAGCUUAAAUCUCUCUUCCCUCUUGUCUCUCUCUCUCUCCUUUAGAGAACUAACUCAACUUGGAACUAAUCUAACGUUAGUUUGGCGUCUUCUUAUCACCACCACUGCAACUAGUUACUCCGUGCAGAAUUCUCUUCUCUUUCUGCCUCUCUCUCUCUCUUUUCUUUUUUACCCUUCCCACUCUCUGUCUUCUACCUAUCUCCUACUCUCUUAUCUUUUUCUCUCCCAGACAAGAAAAGAAACAAGUCACACGACCUGCUGCAGCUCUCCAACUAGCUUAGUUACCUGCACUACAAUCUCCCUUCUCAUCCCCUCUCCUCCUCCUCCUCCUCCUCCUCCUCCUCCUCCUCCUUCUUCUCCUCCCUUGCUACUAUCCUCUCACAACCACACCACCUUACCUCACAAUUAAAAAUGUCCUCCCAACCACUCCUCCAAACCGCCCCAGGAAAAAGAAUCGCCCUCCCCACACGUGUCGAACCCAAAGUCUUCUUCGCCAACGAGCGCACCUUCCUCUCAUGGCUGAACUUCACCGUCAUCCUAGGCGGUCUCGCCGUCGGUCUGCUGAACUUCGGUGACCGCAUUGGCCGCAUCUCCGCCGGUCUGUUCACCAUCAUCGCCAUGGCCGCGAUGAUCUAUGCGCUGGUGACCUUCCACUGGCGCGCGCAGAGUAUUCGCAAACGAGGCCAGAGUGGAAUUGAUGAUCGCUUCGGGCCGACGAUCCUCGCUAUGGCGCUUUUGGCGGCCGUCGUGGUGAAUUUCGUGCUCAGGAUGGUGGAGUGAUUUUUCUAUUCUAUUGGUUUUUGUCUGUGUGAGUGUCGAGGGUGAGGGUAUGGGGAUUGGGUGUUUGUGUGAUGGGGAAGGCAUUGAUCGGUGCUGGUCGCUGGUUUAUGUUUGUAUCUUUGUGGGUGAGAAUCGUCUUGGGUAUAACUGUGUCAAUGAAUGAGUUGUUGGGGAGCAAAUUGAAGGAAGAUGAUAUGUAUUGUUUCAUGCUGUUUGUUAGUAGUAUUGAGCAUUCUUUUCCUACGAGUCUAGACUGUGUUUUAACUAGUUUGUUACUGGGUUUGUUGUUAAAAGUUCAUCAAUAGUACCCACUCAUGAGCAC